AGGCCCAAACCGCCCGAGCCGCCGCAGUACCUCGACAUCGAGGGUCAGCACGGCAAUACCACCGACGAGAAGCUCGCCUACGUCACCUUCCUCUCCGGCACCGUCGACGCCGGCGACGACCUCGAAAAGGAUAACUACUUCGUCGCCGUGCGCAUCCUGAUCUGGCAGCUGGUGCACAACCCGCAGACGCGCACCAAGCACGAUGUUGUCGUCAUGGUCACGCCCACCGUCUCGCAGUCCCGCCGCGACCGCCUCGCAAAAGACGGCGCCAUCAUCUACCCCGUCGAGUUCCUGCGCACCGGCAAAGACGACUGGAUCCAGCCCGAGCAGCACCGCUGGGACGACGUCAUGACCAAGAUGCGCGUCUGGCAAAUGACACAAUACAGCCGCAUCCUGAUGCUCGACGGCGACACGAUGCUGCGCUCCUCCCUCGACGGCGUCUUCGACGACCCCGGGGCGCAAAUCCUCGCCACCAAGCAGCCCCAUGCCGUAAACUACACGGCGCUCCCCGACGAAGCGCCCCUACCCCCCACCUACCUCCUCGCCUCCCUAACCGAAGUCUGGGACAGCACGCACGCCUUCCCGCCCAAAGACGGCACGGGCCUAAAGCAAAUCGGCUACAUGAACGCGGGCUUCUUCCUGCUCGCCCCCUCGCUCCCCGCUUACGAAUACUACCUCUCCCUCAUCAACAUCCCGCACUCGUUCGACCCGCGCUACCCGGAGCAGAACCUGAUGAACUACGCCCACACGUGGACUGGCCCCAUGCCCUGGCGCCAAAUAGACUACUCGUGGAAUAUUCGCUGUCCGACUGAGAACGACUUUGCGCACGGCCUGGUUAGCAUGCAUGAGAAGUGGUGGACGCAGCCGUAUAUCUACGAGAAUAAGAAGGUUAAGGAGUGGUUGUUGACGAGGCGCUGGGAAAUGAAGGGCUGGUAUGAUGCGUGGGAU